UGGCAUCGUUUACCUCUGUUGCAUGUAGCAAUAAAGGGACAUGAAAGGCCAAGAUUUUUAUUCUAAUCCCACUGGGACUAUUUGCAACUUUUUUAGAUCCAUUCAAAGUAGUUCAUAUCUUACCUUUUCUUCUUUUUACCAUAUAGAUUAUGUUCUCAUUUGAAUAUAAGGAAGUUGCUUCAUGAAUUGCGAAUUGGUUGAUGUCAAAUGGAUGUUGUUCUAUGUUAUGCAAAUUUAGAAACAGAAACCAAAUAAUUUCCUGGUCUUUUACUCUUGAACUCUCUGAAGCCUUUGGUUGAUCUCGCAAAUGGGUUCAGCCGUUUGGUUAUUUUUGGUAGUGGUUCUUUUUCAUAUCUAUAUCGUUGCAGCUGAAACAGACCCUGAUGAUAAUAGUUCGCUAAGAGCUGUCAUGAGUGAGUGGAAAAAUGUACCAUCUAAUUGGGGGAGAGGGGAUCCUUGUGAUGAUAAAUGGGUUGGAAUUGGGUGCACUGGUUCACGUGUGACCUCACUAAAUCUGCCAAACAUGAAAUUGGAGGGACGGCUGGUAGGAGAUAUAUUCUUCCUAUCUGAGUUAAAAGAAUUGGAUCUAUCUUACAACAAAGGUCUCAGGGGAAUUCUUCCACCAGCGGUUCAAAACUUAAAGAAGCUAGAAAACUUAAUCUUGGUUGGUUGUGGUUUCUCCGGUCAGAUUCCCGAUACAAUAGGAUCUUUGCCGCAGCUGAGGAUCCUAUCUCUAAAUUCUAAUGCCUUCUCUGGGAAUAUUCCACCAUCCAUUGGUAAUUUAUCAACUCUUAAUUGGUUAGAUAUGGCUGACAACCAACUUGAAGGAGAAAUUCCAGUCUCGAACGGAUCCACUACACCAGGGCUUGACUGGUUGAUUCAUACCAAGCACUUCCAUUUCGGGUUGAAUAAACUCUCUGGUCCAAUUCCAAGAAAACUUUUCAGUUCAGAUAUGACUCUGAUACAUGUGCUGUUUGAAAACAACAUGCUCUCUGGGCCUCUUCCUUUGACCCUUGGGCUUGUGAAAACUCUGGAGGUGGUGCGCUUUGACAACAAUUCACUAGAGGGGGAUCUUCCAUUGAAUCUCAACAACCUUACAAGAGUUCAAGAUCUGUAUUUGUCCAACAACAAGCUGACUGGGCCUCUGCCUAACCUUACUGGCAUGAGCAGCUUGAACACGUUAUACUUGAGUAAUAAUAGUUUUGAUUCAUCAGAUGUUCCUUCAUGGUUUCCGACCCUGCUGUCCUUAACAACAUUAAUGAUGGAAAGUACUCAACUUAAAGGUCAAAUUCCUGCCUCAUUCUUUAAUCUUCCACAAUUGCAGACUGUGGUACUAAAACAAAAUGAACUUGAUGGUUCCUUUGAUAUUGGCCCAAGCUUUAGCAACCAGCUGCAGAUCAUAAAUUUGCAGGGUAAUUCCAUUACGAGUUUCAAUAACACUGGCGGACCUAUCAGUUUUGACAUAGUACUUGUAGACAAUCCAGUGUGCCAGGAGACAGGAGCAGGAGCAAACGAUUACUGUAGCUUACCCCAACCAGACUCCUCGUCUGUGUAUACAACCGCUCCAAUGAACUGUGUUCCUAAUUCAUGUGGUUCUGGUCAAAUUUCCAGCCCCAGAUGCAUAUGCGCGUAUCCAUAUACAGGAACACUACAAUUCAGAGGCCUUUACUUCUCGAACUUGCGAAAUGGAACUCCAUAUGAAAGUCUUGAACAGAAUUUGACACAGUUCUUCCGGUUCCCUGAAUUACUUGUGGAUACUGUUUCACUAAGUAAUCCACGGAUGGAUCAACAUCUGUAUCUUCUUUUGGACCUUUAUUUAUUUCCAUAUGGCCAAGAUAGGUUCAAUACAUCUGGAAUUUCGAAGAUUGCAUCUGCCUUUAGCAGUCAGGAUUACAAGCCGCCUGAACAGUACUUUGGACCUUAUGUUUUCACUGGUGCUGAAUAUGAGUACUUUUCUGAUGGACCUGCACACUCAAACAAAUCAAGUGCUGGCAUCGCAAUAGGAGCAGCAGUUGGUGCUUCAGUGCUUUUUAUACUAUUAGUGGUUGCUGGGAUUUAUGCUUAUCGUCAGAGGAAGAGAGCAGACAGAGCAACCAAAGAGAGCAACCCUUUUGCACACUGGGAUCCUAAGAAGAGCAGUGGUAGCAUUCCUCAGUUAAAAGGAGCAAGAUGCUUCUCUUUUGAAGAGCUUAAGAAGUACACCAAAAAAUUUUCAGAAGCCAAUGAUAUUGGAUCGGGGGGUUAUGGAAAGGUUUAUAGAGGAACUCUACCCACUGGGGAGCUAGUUGCCAUCAAACGAGCUCAGCAAGGAUCAAUGCAGGGUGGGCUUGAAUUCAAAACAGAGAUUGAGCUUCUAUCUAGAGUUCAUCAUAAAAAUGUUGUUAGUCUAUUGGGAUUUUGCUUUGAGCGAGGUGAACAAAUGCUAGUAUAUGAGUAUAUUCCUAAUGGCUCACUUAGUGACAGUUUGUCAGGGAAGUCAGGAAUCAGAUUGGACUGGCCCAGGCGACUGAAAAUAGCCCUUGGUGCAGCUAAAGGUGUGGCAUACCUUCACGAGCUUGCAAAUCCCCCCAUUAUUCACAGGGACAUCAAAUCCACUAACAUCUUAUUAGAUGAACGCUUAAAUGCUAAAGUUGCUGAUUUUGGUCUCUCCAAACCUAUGGGUGACAGUGAGAAAGGUCAUGUUAGCACUCAAGUGAAGGGUACGAUGGGUUAUUUGGAUCCUGAAUAUUAUAUGACCCAACAGUUGACUGAGAAGAGCGAUGUUUAUAGCUUUGGAGUGCUGAUGCUGGAAAUAAUAACCGCGAGAAGACCGAUAGAGCGAGGGAAAUACAUAGUAAGGGAGAUGAGAAUGUCGAUGGACAAAACGAAAAGCUUGUAUAACCUCCAACAGAUUCUUGAUCCAGCCAUUGGUUUUGGUACAUCGUCCAAAGGCUUGGAAAGGUUUGUAGAACUGGCAAUGAGAUGUGUAGAAGAAUCAGGGGCUGACAGGCCUACCAUGGGUGAAGUGGUGAAGGAGAUUGAAAACAUUAUGCAGAUGGAUGGCAUGAAUCCGAAUGCAGAAUCGGCAUCAAGUUCAGCAACUUACGAGGAUGCAACAAAGGGAGCUGAUCUCCAUCCGUACGAUAACGAGUCUUUUGCUUACAGUGGAGCCUUCCCUCACUCAGCUGCCAAGAUAGAGCCCCAUUAAAUGUGGGUUUCUUUUACUAUGUUUUGUUAGCAAUGAACUUAGUAAUAGUGAGAGCUGCUUCUGUGUUUUUUUUUUUUUCCCUUCCACUGAAUGGCGACUUACAAACUCAAUCAUGUGGGAUCUUAUUGUUAUUUGUUGGAUAUUAUGAUGUAACUCUUAUUAGAAAGAAUUCUUUUUAUGUAAAUAGGUAAUGCGACUGUUGAUUCAA